AUGGCUUCGCAGGUUCGGAAUACUGGGUAAGUCUAAGAGUUACUUUUCAAUAGUUUUAACGAUGGCUUAACAUGAAUAAAAAAUCAUGUUUGUUGGGGACGUUCCCAUGUUCUACGCUUAAAUUUUUUUAUUUUGCAUACGUUUAAGCCUGCAGGGUUGAAACCUAGUGCGACUUUUGUAAUGCGAAGUGUGAACUUACUUCGAAUACUGGUUUUUCAAGCUGGGGUAAUGAAUCUGUAGCGUCCGUCUCGAAUUUGUUUGCCUUCUUUGGAAACAUAAAUGUAGGCACACGCGUACGUCUAUUUUUGAUCAUUUUAAAAGCGUUUAUAAAUUUUUGGCGCUACGACUUUUCGGGUCAGCCACAGUUCGGGUCACUGUAGCCGACCACAAAAGUCGGUACGCGGAUUUUUCCAAGGGCAUCAUUUUGCCAAAGUUGUAAUCCAUAUAACAUAAAUUCUUACUGCAAAAAUAUUACAAACUUUGCAAUUUUAUGGUUUCAGGUUCUUCAAAAACAAGACCGUUUUCAUUUCCGGCGGAUCACGCGGCAUUGGCCUAGCGAUUGCCAAGAAAUUGGCCGCAGAUGGCGCCAAUAUUGUGCUAGCCGCAAAGACCGCCGUGCCCCAUCCAAAAUUGCCUGGGACGAUUUACACCGCCGCAAAAGAGGUUGAGGAAGCCGGUGGAAAAUGUUUGCCAUGUGUGGUCGAUAUUCGAUUCGAAGAUCAAGUAAAACAAGCGGUUGCUGACACUGUUAAGACAUUUGGAGGGAUUGAUAUUUUGAUCAAUAACGCGUCGGCGAUUCAUGUUGCCGGAACAGAGAGUUGCAGCAUGAAGUGGUUCGAUCUUAUGCAUGACAUCAACACAAGAGGAACUUUUAUGCUGUAAGUGUUUUAUUUUGCUCAAAAUUCUUUUUAGUAUUGUGUUUAAAAACUCGAUUGGUCUUACUUAAAAAUCCCGAAAAAUGACUUUUCUAACACCUGAAAAUUUCAGUUCCAAAUACUGCAUCCCACACCUCAAAAAGUCCUCCCACCCCCACAUCCUCAACCUCAGUCCUCCGCUGACUAUGGACCCGGUUUGGUUCGCCAAUUCGGUCGCCUACACCAUGGCCAAAUACGGAAUGAGUAUGUGUGUGCUGGGGAUGUCCAGCGAGUUCAAAGACGACGGAAUCGCCGUCAAUGCAUUGUGGCCGAGGACCUGGAUAUGGACCGCGGCGGUCGGAAACAUCUUGGCCUCCGAUGCGGAGGAUGUGAAGCUCAGCAGAAGGCCGGAGAUUUGCGCGGACGCGGCAUACGUAAUGCUUUCAAAAGAGAGCAAAAAAUACACCGGAAACUUUGCCAUUGAUGAUGACGUGCUUCGAGAGUACGGAGUCAAAGACUUUGGCGGAUAUUCGUAUGAUCCAAGUAAGCAAAUUUUUUUCGAUUCUUUCUUCUACCAUUUCUUUAAAAUCGUAGUUACUUCUGAAUUAUGGUAGCUUAAAAUUUUAUUUGUUCACUUCAAAUUUUAAUUUUCAGACCACGAGCUUAUGCUGGACGGCUUUUUGCCAGGUGUGGUGCCCGGUACGCGAGCUAAACUGUAA